AUGUCAGAAAUAGAGACUCCAACGAAUGGUGUCGUCUCAGCGCGACUUCCAAAUAUCAAACUGGAUCCGAGCUUGUAUAAUCCGUCUGAAGAGGAGCUCGUCUUCUUGAAGAACCAGACAAAGAUAGAAGAUGAAGAAGAGCUCAAACAGCAUGUUAUAGCUGUUCAGACGGAAGCAUGGAGCGUCUUUAACUACAAGUGUAUACAGUCGUUCGGAUUUACGAGGCUCAAGAUUUCACGUCUGCCCGCGUAUCCUGAUCUUCUGGAGUUGGGGAAGAAUAGGCCGGAUGCUAUCUUCUUGGACUUUGCUUGCUGCUUUGGAAAUGAUGCUAGAAAGGCAAUCGCAGAUGGUUAUCCAAUGGAAAACGUAAUCGCUUCAGACCUACAAGCAGGGUUCUGGGAGGCAGGUCAUAAACUAUUCAAGUCAACUCCAGAAAAGUUUCCCGUUCCCUUCAUCCAAGGCAGUGUAUUUGAUCCAAAUCACAUAGCACCUACACCACCUCACUACUCCCCGCCAUCCACACCCCGGCCGGACCUUGCUACCCUCACCUCACUCAAACCACUCCAAGGACACGUAUCAGCCAUUCACGUAUCGGCGUUCUUUCACCUCUUCGGAAAGGAACAACAAAUCAUCGCAGCUCAAGCACUCGCUUCGUUGCUCUCUCCUCUCCCAGGAUCAAUGAUCUUCGGUACGCACUCGUCCAGGGAUACCUCAGGGGAAAUCACACAUCCCGGAAGUGGAGAUAUCGUUUACAACUUCAACCCUGAAGAUUGGUGUGCUCUUUGGGAUGGAACCAUAUUUAGGAAGGGGAGCGUUUCCGUCGAAGCGAGGCUGAUUGACAAUCCAAUUUGGCGUGGAAAGGAGUUUAAUAAUGCUACGGAAGGGACGAAGAGACAUGGAAUGGUCUGGAGCGUGAAGAGGAUCUAA